AUGCUCGAGCCUCAGGCGAGGGCAAGGCCGCACGAGUACAGCAGCGCUUACGGCCACUCGCGCACCCGAACCACCUCGUCGAACAUUCUACCAGCUCAGGGCCAGCCACAGGUCCUCGGAGGCAACAUGUCUCUGCACGUUGCCCAGCCAAACCCGGCGGCAUCCUACUCGCGCCGCUCGCCUUCAGUGAACACCUUCAGUACAUCCUCGAGCAUUCCUCCUCCCGCCGCCUACCGCAACUCCUCGUCCACCGACCUGCGACGCUCCAUUUCUAGCCGCUCCGGAGGAACCAUCACCCAGCCGUCAGGGUAUGUCGCCUUGUUGCGGAAACAAAAGGCGACCGUAUGGUGCGAUCGGGCGCAGUACGAGGACCCCCGCCUGGCUGCCCAACAAAGAGCCGCCAAGAUGCGAGCCAACCUCGAGGUUGUCGGAGGUCCCCGCGGCGCCGCCGGAAGCCGUACUAACACCGGCAUCAGCGCCACCGGCAAGGUCGCCGCCAAGAUUCGGCAUCACGGCAAGACGCCCGUCGUUGGAUACGCACCGGGCGAGAACCACGUUGGAGUAGGAGGAGUGCCCAUGCGACUUAGUGCCACCGAGGUCGAGGGUGAGAGCAGCGACGACGACGACGGUCAGAUUGCGUCUCGAUUGCACCACCGUAGGACGGGAAGCAGCGGGCGCAGCAGCACUGGCAGCGGACGUCGAAACGUACCCUACAGAGCGUCUGGUGCCCUCGGCACACAGGGUAGCCAACGCUGGAGCCCGGGAGACACGCCAGAGCGAUCUGGCAGCCUCGUGGCCGAAGAGACGGCCAAGCCGGUUGACGAUGCGGCCAGCGCAAAGGCCCACAGCUCCAAGAGUGGCAGCAGCGCCGAGCGAGCGGACAAUGUCGGCGAGCUGGGCAACGCCCCGAGACUGGCCAGCAACUCGCUCAUGCACUCGGCUCUGACCCGCGAGAAGAGCGUCAAGAGCCCGGAGGAAUUGAAGAGACGCGGCAGCGUCGACGAGCGAACGGCCACCCUCACGUCUGGCCGCCUCUUCAUCGCCAACCCCGAUUAA